AUGGAGGACAAGGAAAACCAAGAGAAAAAUGAGUGUGGAGUUAAAAUCAAGCAGAAGAUAACAAUACCAUUUCAGUGGGAAGAAACACCGGGAGCACCCAAAAAGGAUUGGAAACCAAAGAUCGAUUACGAGCCAUUGGAUCCUGUUCCCCCUCUCCCGGUAAAGUAUGUUGCUUCGGUUCCCUUCAAAUGGGAGGAGAAACCCGGGACUCCACUCCGGUGUUUUGCUCGAGGUUCAACAAAACGUAUGACCCAAGAAACGGUACCAGAAGAUAAGAGUUUACCCUUGCCUCCUGCAUACUUCAGCAAGUACGAGGAUGAGAGUGAUGAAGGCGAUAGCUUAUAUGGUGAUGAUUACGAUGAUCAAGAUUGGAUGUCGGAGUUGGAAUUCGAUGCUAUGAGCGUACAGUCGGAGGAGUCCUUCUGUUCUGCCCCUUCGCUUCUGGCGAAUCGGGUCACACCACUGCAUAACCCGUAUAUAACACACCCGUGUGAUGUGUACGAUACAUUUGAGGCUCCGUUUUCGCCAGAAAGUAGCAAGAGUCCGACUAACAAUACAACCGGAUAUAAAAGCUUAAAGGGUGCUGAUUUUUUGGCACAACUUUUUCCUUUGUAUCCACCGAAAAACAGAUUUCUUGAACAUGGAACGAGCAUUACCGAGAUAGCAAAGCACCCGGAAAAGAAACAGCCUACUUUUCUGGAAGAGCAUAAGAGACUCAUCGGUGAUGGCAGACGAAGUGGCAUCAUUAGAAGGCCGUGCACAUUAGGAGAGCUGAUCAUGCAGAGUCGACGAAGAAGUUAUCGCAGAAAAGCAGUAAAUAUGAUGAAACACAAUCAGAAAAAGGUAUUUUUCUUCUAUACAGGUCAACUUUCAAACCAAUCACUAUAA